AUGGAGAACUUCCUCGAGCCAGCCAACGUGACCAGCGUCCAGCACUUCGUCCUCCUGGGCCUAUCUACCAGCCCAAGCACCAGGGAUGCCCUCUUUGCCGUCUUCCUGGCCCUCUACCUGCUCACCCUACUGGAGAACACCCUCAUCAUCUACCUCAUCGUCAGCCACGCCGAACUCCGCAAGCCCAUGUACUUCUUCCUGGGCAACCUCAGCGGCCUGGAGCUGUGCUACGUAUCUGUGACCAUGCCCACCCUGCUCCUGGGGCUGUGGACUGCACCUUUCCAUGUCCCCUUCACAUCCUGCAUGACCCAACUCUUCUUCUUCAUCUCCCUCAUCUGCAUGGAGUGCGCCCUCCUGGCCUCCAUGGCCUAUGACCGCUAUGUGGCCAUCUGCCGUCCACUGCACUACCUGCUGCUCAUGCGGCCCCAGGUCUGCCUGGGCCUGGCCAUGUCCUCCUGGCUGGGUGGGCUGGUGGUUUCAGUGAUCAAAACAGCAUGCAUUGCCAGCCUGUCUUAUUGUGGCCCCAAUAUCCUCAACCACUUCUUCUGUGAUGUUUCCCCUCUGCUCAAUCUGUCCUGCACCCAUGUGGCCCUCACGGAGCUGGUGGACUUUAUCUCCGCCAUCGUCAUCCUCUGGGGCUCUCUUAUUGUGGCUGUGGCCUCCUACAUGGCCAUCGGUAGAACACUGCUCCACAUGCCUUCAGUCGCUGCCCGCCACAAGGCCUUCUCCACCUGCGCCUCCCACCUGGUGGUGGUGGGCAUCUUCUACUCAGCCACUAUCUUUAUCUAUGCCCGACCCAGCCGCAUGGAGGCCAUGGACCUUAACAAGGUGCUAUAA